AUGGAAUCAUAUAAAAUUUAUAGUGAAGUUACUUCGGGUUCAGGCGCUGGAAGGCCGUUGAUGGUCAAGAGAACAUUUGCUAAAGAGAUCACUUUAGUAAAAGCCGUUGGAAGAGGAAGAUUUGGUGAAGUUUGGAUGGCAAAAUGGCGCGGUGGAUUUGUUGCUGUUAAGAUAUUUUACUCAAUAGAGGAAGCGUCGUGGAGAAGAGAAACUGAAAUUUAUGAAACAACAUUAAUGAGACAUGAAAAUAUCUUAGGCUACAUCGCUUCUGACAUUAUGGGUAGCCAAAGUGUUACUCAGUUAUAUCUCGUAACAGAUUAUCAUGAAUUCGGAUCGUUGUAUGAUUAUCUACAGGGUCAGUAUUGCGAUAAAUUUGACAUGAUUCGAUUAGCUUUGUCAGCUGCUAGUGGUUUAGCAUAUCUGCAUGCGGAAAUUGUUGGUAAACAAGGUAAGCCCGCUAUAGCUCAUCGCGAUAUCAAAUCCAGGAAUAUUCUCGUUAAACGUGACAAGACUUGCUGUAUUGGAGAUUUGGGCUUGGCUGUGCGCUAUGAUUCCGAAAAAGAUACAGUAGAUAUUGCUCCAAACAAGCGAGUAGGCACGAAAAGAUACAUGGCUCCAGAAGUUCUAAAUGAUACUUUGAAUACCGCUAAAUUUGAAGACAUUAAAAGGGCAGAUGUUUACUCCUUUGGUCUUGUAUUGUGGGAAAUAUGCAUUUGCAGCGUUAUCAACGUUGAACACCAUUUACCUUAUUGGGAUAAGGUACCGCAGGACCCAGGUUUUGAAAUAAUGAAGGAGGUUGUAGUGCUGCAAAACACACGGCCACCAAUAUAUGAUGUAUGGAUUAGGGAUGCGCAUAUGCGAGUUAUUGGUCAAGUUCUAUCUGAAUGUUGGCAUCAGUCUGCGCCGGCAAGAUUAACAGCAUUACGGAUAAAGAAGAAUCUAGCCAAGCUAGACAUUGAGAUGAAGAAAUCUCAACCGAUUAUUUAA